AUGGACGGAUCAAUUCAUCAAAACAAGGAUAUUUUUGUAAAGAGAGGUAAAGCAUUAGAAGAUGCUUAUAUUAAACAAAAGGAACAAGAAAAAUUACAAGAAUUGAUUAAAAAGCAAAAAGAAAAACAAGAAAAUAACGGCAACAAAGUUGGCAGAGAAGAAAAAGAUAAAUAG